AGCCCAUUUGAGUUGCCUUCCGUGUUCCACUUCGCUUGCCGGCUCCUUCCUCUUCUUUCGUCGCUCUCGCUCUCGGACUCGGACUACGGUUCAGUGAAGCGGCUAGGAAAUUGGCAGUUUGUCAGCGCAAUCUGCAAAUGGCGGAGGCGGAGGCGACGGCGGGGCGACUGAGGCUGUACUCGUACUGGCGCAGCUCGUGCUCCCACCGCGCCCGCAUCGCUCUCAAUCUCAAAGGUGUGGAGUACGAGUACAAGGCGGUGAACCUUCUCAAGGGCGAGCAGUCUGAUCCAGAAUUUGUCAAGCUUAAUCCUAUGAAGUUCGUCCCUGCGUUGGUUGAUGGCGAUUCUGUAAUCGGUGACUCUUACGCGAUAGCAUUGUAUUUGGAGGACAAGUACCCUGAGCCUCCUCUUCUACCUCACGACCUUCAAAAGAAGGCUUUGAAUCACCAGAUUGCAAGCAUUGUAGCUUCUGGUAUUCAACCUCUCCAUAACCUCACAGUGUUGAGGUUCAUUGACCAAAAGGUUGGUGCAGGGGAGAGUGUCUUGUGGACUCAACAACAAAUCGAGAGAGGUUUCACAGCUAUUGAGAGCCUAAUACAACUAAAAGGCUGUGCUGGGAAGUAUGCGACAGGAGAUGAAGUCCAACUGGCAGAUGUAUUCCUUGCACCCCAGAUCUAUGCAGCCAUUGAACGCACUAAAAUUGACAUGUCAAAUUACCCCAUUCUUGCUAGGCUUCACUCGGAGUACAUGGCACACCCUGCAUUUGAAGCAGCGCUCCCUCGCAGGCAACCAGACGCCCCUUCCUCUUCCUAGGAACUGCACGCUGUUUGCUCCGGCGUCCUAGUGUAGUAUUACUGUAAUGUUCCUCUGAAUAUACAGAUUUGGAGUUGUUCCGGUUACUUCUAUCUAUAAGAAUAAGUACAGAUUUUCCUCUGCAAAGUGCAUAUAAUUUUGUGAUUUCAGAGACUAUCAGCAUGAACCGUCGUUCUGGAUC